AUGGCAUGUACUUGCAGGUUCCGCGUUCUCUUGGUCAUAACAUGGCUGUGUCUUCUUUUCGUUUCUUGGACGAAUGCUCUUGCGAAGACCGAUACCAUAACAUGGGGAGGCUCCAAUGAUCGAACAGGCUAUCAGACAAACCACAAUAUGGACCCAUCCAUUGUUGGUAGCCCACAGUUCGGACAACUCUAUCGGACGCUUCUACCAGGUACCUUUUCGAGCAAUGGCCAAAAUGUCCCAGAACAGAUCUUCUCCCAGCCGCUAGUGUAUACUGGCACCGAUGGUAUUCAGUACGUCUAUAUCGCGACAACCCAGAACAAUGUGUACAAGAUGAACGCAAAAACGGGUGUUAUCGUCGCAUCCCGCAAUCUGCACCGUCCAUUCCUUGUCUCGGACUUGGAUGGCUGUACUGAUAUCAACCCGACGAUCGGUAUCACAGCUACUGGAGUCAUCGAUCCUGCUACAGACACAUGGUACCUGACUGCUAAAUCCUACGUUGACCAGAACAUGAACGGUCCUCGUGGAAAGCCAAACGGUCGCUACUAUGUGCAUGCCAUUAAUACCAACGACUUGUCGGAACGCGCCAACUUUCCUGUUGAUCUCGAGGGUACAGUCUCUAGAAACAAUGCGAAUCGCGCUUUUGGCGCCGGCAUCCAUCAUCAACGCCCAGGGUUGCUCCAACAUGGCCAAUUCAUUUACGCGGGCUUCGCCAGUCACUGUGCUCAGUACAACUUCACCGGCUGGAUCUUUGGUUGGGACAGAACGACUGGUAAGCUCGUCGAGAGAUUCUCUUCUGAAGGUGCCGGUGUUGCAGCUAGUGUUCCUGGGGCUGGCGUUUGGAUGUCAGGUGGUGGUCUAACCAGCGAUGACAAGGGUAGCAUGUUCUUUGCUACAGGCAACGGCUACGCUUCUCAGCUGAGCAAUAUUCCUGUCAACGGCCGCAACCCUCCCACCGCUCUCGAAGAGGCCGCUGUCCACAUGGCCAUCAAUGACGAUGGCUCACUUCGUGUGGUUGACUUUUUCAUGCCAUGGGAGAAGCCGCAACUUGAUGGGGCUGAUAAAGACCUUGGAACGACACCGCUCGAAUUGCUUCCAAGCGAAUUCUCCUGUGGAAACAUCAAGCGCAUCGGCAUCGUGACUGGAAAGAGUGGCAAGACGUACUGGAUCGACAUGGACAACAUGGGUGGAUACCAGAAUGGACCUGGUCAGCUCGACAGUGUCAUCCAGGUCUACCCGAACGAGAACUCAGUCUAUGCCGGUGCCGGAGUCUACCCGUUAGAGGGUGGCUUUAUCUACAUCAGCGUCAUUCAGUAUCCGACGCACGUGUUCAAAUUCUCCUGCAGCAACGGCGUGCCUUCGUUUGACAAAGUCGCCGACUCACCAGAGAACAACGCCUACGUCCUGGGAGUUGGUCACGGCACAACGACUUCAUUGGACGGCCGAGCUGGCACAGGCCUCCUCUGGACAAGCGAUGUCGAGGGUGCUAACCUUAGAAUCUACGAUGCCGUGCCGGUUGAUGGCAAACUACGCCUACGCAAGUCCUUCGUCACGCCUGGUGUCACCAAGUUCUCACGACCUGUCUUCGGCGAUGGCAUCGUAUAUCAAGUUACAACUCUCGGGUACAUAUAUGCUUACGGAUCCCCAGUCAACCUACCCUUGAAUUGUACGUCCCCAAGUUUCGGCACUGUGAACAUCAAUUCCACGUCUGCUCCAGUGGCAGUCCAGUGCAAAGCCAAUACCGCUUUGACCGUGACUGCUGCCAGCCUCGCGGGUAACCCCAACUUCGUUAUCAGCGACCUCCCCAGUCUACCUUUUCAGGUUGCGCAAGGUCAGAGUUUCUCUUUCCGCGCAAGCUUCGUGCCUCAGUCAGUCGGACCCUUGUCUUCCGCUAUCGUUCUCAAUACCACUCAGCAAGCUCAGGGGUUCUCGACUAGAAGCCAGAUCCAGCUGCAAGGAACAGGUCAGAGCCAGGUACCUCUACUUCAGGUCGCUCCCAACACCGUCAGUUUCAAUGGUUUCAUCACAGGCCAAGAUCGAACUGGGGUCAACCUUUCAGCCACAAUUACGAACGCGGGCAAUAGCCCACUUCAGCUUACCUCUAUUCAGUUCUCUACUGUCGGCGAAACCGGUCCCUGGAUCACACCCAAUGGCUCCCAAGACGCUCGUUCGGUCUCUGCUUUUACGUUCUACAGCCUCCCUGUCACCGUCGCUGCGAGAAGUGGCGUGUCUGUUCCUAUUAAUUUCAAUCCCUCUAGGAGCGGAAGCUAUGCAGUGUUCGUCAAGAUCGUCUCAAAUGGAGGCACCAAGCUACUCAAUGUUCUCGCUACUGGCAACGAUCAGCCUAAAGCUAUUAUCGAAUUCGAGACUCCCGAUGGUGGAUGGAUCCCGUUCAGCAGCAACACUUCCUUUUCUUUUGGGAAUGUCACCGAGAAUACGAGCCGUUAUCUACGUCUCCGAGUGAGCAACAAAGGUAGCGGAAACUCUGCCGCUCUCUCGUUGACUGUCAGCAAGCCGCCAUUCGGCAUACCUGGAAGCGUUAUUGGUGCGAGCAACCAAGUCGACCUCGGAGAAGGUACACUCAUCAAUUCUGGGCAGAACGCCACCGCUACCCUCUAUUGCUCAGUGCCAAAGAGCCAGAUUAACGUCGAUUCAUACAAUGGCACGGCAGUCUGGACUAUGAAUAUGAACGACCCGUCUUUUGGCAAGCAGCAACUUCAUUUCUUCUGUAAUGCUGUCUCUGAACAAUCCGGGCCCCUCAACUCUGCCACCCAGCAAGCUACGUAUCGUUACGCGGGUUGCUUCAAAGAGAAUGACCCAGGGCGUCAGCUGCAGACCCAGAUCUAUUCUUCCGAUAGCGGCAACACAAACGACAUGUGCAUCGCUCAGUGUGCUGCACAGGGCUUCAUUUUCGCAGCAACCCAAUAUCGCUCUCAAUGCUGGUGCGGCUACAAUCGGCCGAGGACACUUGUUGAUGAGACCAAUUGUAACUUCGCAUGCACAGGCAACACCAACGGAAUCUGUGGUGGUAAUGGCAUCAAUGGUGAUGGUGCAUUUCUUUCGACCUUUGGCGACAUCAAUCGCUGGAAUGGUAACUCCACAGACGCCCCUGGACCAUAUGUGAACCCUGGAGCUCUUGGGUUCAGAUCUUUGGGUUGCUACACAGAAGCCACUAAUGCACGUGCCUUGAGCAUUGUCCCUAGCUCGAACAACACCGUCUUGGGUUGCUUGAAUGCUUGCAAGGGCUAUGCUUAUUCCGGAGUUGAGUACGGUGGUCAAUGUUUUUGUGGCCAGUCACUUGCUGCUGGAUCGGUGAGCGCGCCAUCCAAGGACUGCAGCAUGUCCUGCAACGGCAAUCAGACAGAGUUCUGUGGCGGCCCGGAUCGAUUGAAUAUGUACACCACCAUUCCUUCGGGAAAUGUGACAUCUUCGACAACUUCUGCCACGGCUCCAGCUUCAACCUCGACCACGGGACCAACAAGUACCGCGAGUGCGACUGGACCUCCCAUCCCGGUCGCUACAGCUGGUGGCUUCGCAUACAUUGACUGCUAUGCGGAGCCUCCCAACUCCCGAGGACUUGUCGACAAAGCUUAUGCUGUGAAUCGUGGCAUGAGUGCAGACAUCUGUGCUACCUUUUGCGCUGGCUUUAACUACAUGGGGAUGGAGUUCGCUCAAAGCAAACGAUGGUCGCUGCUCGAUGACCUGCUCUGGAAACAAAGCCACCAUAUGUGGAGGGCCAAAUGGUCUGUCACUCUAUCGAUAUGCUCCGGCGAACACGACCACCGGGACUACAACUUCAACCACGAUCAGAUCUACUCUCAAUGUGACCACAUCAACACUAUCAUCAACUCCCCGUACCCUAAACGCGACUACUUUGCCUCCGCUGACCGGAAGUACCCUGCUUUCUACGUCCCUGAUGACAAACACGACUUUCACAACUCGCCUAAGCUCGUCGGUAUCGAGUACUUCUACGUCACUCUCGGCAACCAUCGCAUCGAGUACCGGCACUACCAGCCUCCGCUCUUCAGCCAGUGUUAA